AUGCUAGAAAGAAGUGGAGCAAAGUUGCGAACAUUCGCUCUUCACAUUCUGAUUCCCAAUCUACGGUGUUCUUGUGAAUUUUCCGGUGUUAGUGAGUGUUCUGAGCCAAUACAGUCUUUGCUGGAAAUUUUCUUGCAUGCAUUCUGGUGGUGGCCCCCAACAGUGAGGAGGCAGCGACCAUGGCCGGGGAACUCCGCCCCUGCAUUUGCAUCGCCUUCUUCAUCUUCUUCAUCAGCCCAACAAGCCGCCCUGGACCCAUCAACCCGCAGCCGAAUGAUAUCGACCGGCCCACAUCUACGGUGGGGGAUAUUUUUGGGAAAAGCUGAUCCUCGCGUUGGGUAUCGGGAUCGUGAACAAUAA